GGAGUAACCCUAACCACUUCCACCACUUCCACUGCCGCUGCUGCCACAAAUGGACAGCAAACUUCAGUGACGCUAUCAGACACACAACACAUAACUGCUACUGCCAUACAGUGAAAAGGUUUUUCCAGUUGUUGAAGAAAGCUGAUAAGCAGUUUGGUAUUAACCAGGUCAUAACAAGGGCUAACAAUCAUUUAUAGCUUUUAUUUGUCUUGAUUACAGUUUCUCAAUGUCACAGACCUUGUAAUGUGCCAUUCAAGACCUGCCAGUCUAGUAAGUCUUGAUUCGUGUGUGGCGUGCACAGGCAUUCCCAUGAACCAGUUUGGCUGCCAGCUGGUGUGAGCAAGCGUUUCAGGAAAUCUCUGGAUGAAUGCCCUUCCUUGAAGUCGGUGCGGUGUCUGUCUUUGCCUCUCUGUGCUAUUUUUACGUGGUUACGAGUGGGUGGGUUCAUAGAAAAGCUUGUCAGGACCUCCUCUGGACUGCAGUGCGAGCGAGCAAGAGGCUGGCUCACUCUGUAGCCCGUGGAGAAACUUUUUUGUUUGCCUAGUAGGCGUAAAGGAGAAUAAAUGGAGCGGUGCUUUGGAGAAUGAGGGUCCUUGAACUGAAAAGGAUUGUCUGUGCUCUCUUAUCUCACUGGAUUACGGAGACACUGGAGAGCUUUCUGACUUUAUGUUGAUUUGUUACUUUGACGUCCUGGCUGGGACUCGCUGAGCAGGCAGUUACUAACUAUGGCUGACAUCACCUGUGUCAGGAGCCCUGCUGAAAGGGUCUAACUACGCCAUGUCGAACGGGGGCGGGGCACCCAGCAGCAGCACCCACCUAUUGGACUUCCUAGAGGAGCCCAUUCCUGGUGUGGGGACCUACGAUGACUUCCACACCAUCGACUGGGUCCGUGAGAAGUGCAAGGACCGCGAGAGGCACCGGAAGAUUAACAGUAAGAAAAAGGAGUCAGCAUGGGAGUUCACAAAGAGCCUGUACGAUGCUUGGUCUGGGUGGCUGGUGGUGACGCUCACUGGGUUGGCCUCAGGUGCUUUGGCUGGCCUGAUUGACAUUGCUGCUGAUUGGAUGAACGACCUGAAGGAGGGCGUGUGUCUGAGCGCCAUGUGGUUCAACCACGAGCAGUGCUGCUGGACGUCCAAUGAGACCACCUUCGCUGAGCGGGACAAAUGUCCUCAGUGGAAGAGCUGGGCUGAGCUAAUACUGGGGCAGGCUGAGGGCCCUGGCUCAUACAUAAUGAACUACUUCAUGUAUAUCUACUGGGCUCUGUCCUUCGCCUUCCUGGCUGUCUGUCUGGUCAAGGUGUUUGCUCCAUACGCCUGCGGCUCGGGGAUCCCUGAGAUCAAGACUAUCCUGAGUGGGUUCAUCAUCCGCGGAUACCUGGGCAAGUGGACGCUGAUGAUCAAGACCAUCACUCUGGUGCUGGCUGUGGCGUCUGGCCUCAGCCUGGGGAAGGAGGGCCCCCUGGUCCACGUGGCCUGCUGCUGUGGGAACAUCUUCUCCUACCUCUUCCCCAAGUACAGCAAGAAUGAGGCCAAGAAACGAGAGGUUCUUUCUGCUGCUUCGGCGGCUGGCGUGUCUGUUGCUUUUGGAGCCCCGAUUGGAGGAGUGCUCUUCAGUUUGGAGGAGGUGAGCUACUACUUCCCUCUCAAGACGCUGUGGCGCUCCUUCUUCGCUGCCCUGGUGGCGGCUUUCGUCCUGCGCUCCAUCAACCCGUUUGGUAACAGCCGUCUGGUGCUGUUCUACGUUGAGUACCAUACGCCGUGGUACCUCUUUGAGCUCAUCCCUUUCAUCCUUCUGGGGGUUUUCGGAGGCCUCUGGGGAGCCUUCUUCAUUCGAGCCAACAUCGCUUGGUGCCGGCGGCGCAAAUCGACUCGCUUUGGCAAGUACCCGGUGUUGGAGGUGAUCUUGGUGGCAGCCAUCACAGCUGUGGUUGCUUUCCCGAACCCGUACACUCGCCAGAACACCAGUGAGCUAAUAAAGGAGCUUUUCACCGACUGCGGCCCACUGGAGUCCUCGCAGCUCUGCCAGUACCGCAGCCAGAUGAACGGCAGCAAGGCCUUCACUGACAACCCCAACCGGCCGGCUGGGCCUGGCGUCUACGCUGCCAUGUGGCAGCUUUGCCUGGCGCUCAUCUUCAAAAUCAUCAUGACAAUAUUCACCUUUGGACUCAAGGUGCCGUCAGGUCUGUUCAUCCCGAGCAUGGCCAUCGGGGCGAUCGCAGGGCGGAUUGUUGGCAUCGCCAUGGAGCAGCUCGCCUAUUAUCACCACGACUGGUUCUUGUUCAAAGAGUGGUGCGAGGUGGGAGCUGACUGCAUCACUCCAGGGCUCUAUGCCAUGGUGGGGGCUGCGGCGUGUCUGGGUGGAGUGACCCGUAUGACCGUUUCCCUGGUUGUCAUCGUCUUCGAGCUGACUGGCGGGUUGGAGUACAUCGUCCCCCUCAUGGCUGCGGUCAUGACCAGCAAAUGGGUGGGCGAUGCAUUUGGCCGCGAGGGAAUCUAUGAAGCCCACAUUCGCCUGAACGGAUACCCCUUCCUAGACGCCAAGGAGGAAUUCACACACACCACACUGGCCAGGGAGGUGAUGAGGCCACGACGCAGCGACCCGCCGUUAGCGGUGCUGACUCAGGACGACCUGACCGUGGAGGAGCUGCAGGCCACCAUCAAUGAAACCAGUUAUAAUGGUUUCCCUGUGAUAGUGUCCAAAGAGUCCCAGAGGCUGGUGGGCUUCGCACUGCGCAGGGACAUCACUAUUGCUAUAGAAAAUGCUCGCCGCAAGCAGGAGGGCAUCAUGUUGAACUCCAGGGUUUACUUCACCCAGCACGCCCCCACCCUGCCGGCCGACAGCCCGCGGCCCCUCAAACUGCGCUCCAUCCUGGACAUGAGCCCCUUCACCGUCACCGACCACACCCCCAUGGAGAUCGUGGUGGACAUUUUCAGAAAGCUGGGACUGCGCCAGUGCCUGGUCACUCACAAUGGGAUUGUGUUGGGCAUCAUCACAAAGAAGAAUAUAUUAGAGCAUCUGGAGGAGCUCAAGCAGCACACGGAGCCCCUGGCGGCUUCUUGGUAUUAUCACAAAAAAAGAUAUCCUUCGUCACAUGGCUCAAAUGGCAAACCAAGAUCCCGAGUCCAUCAUGUUCAACUGAUCCGCUCCUUCCAGGACGGCCGGGGGAGAGGGGGAGACGACAGCGAGGAGGAGGUGGGCCUCCUGGACGGCUCCAGUCUCUGACAUUGGGACCCUGUUUGUUUGUUUGUUUGUUUGGUUUUUUUUUUUCCUUCUUAGUUCAGCUUUGUAGACCCUGAACCUCGCCGACUGACUUUUAACCGGCCAUGAGAGGGAAAAGACAUUAAAGAAAUGACUUUGUUGUUAUCAGCGUGGCUGCUGAGGACCUGAGGAGGCCAGGGGGGCUGAAGGCACACAUGAGGAAUGCACUUUUCACACACACACACACACUUUUGCACUUGCAGACACCUCAAACAUGCAUGCUCUCUCUGCACACACACACACACACAGAGUAAGACUCCUUAAACCUGUAAAGACACACCCACUUGCACUCUUCAUGUGCCUCACCUUUGUCCUGCCCCCGCUGAGGUCGUGGUCGCCUGGCAGGGGUCAAAGGUCAGAAUGAACCGCCGAUGAGGGACGCGAUGAGGGACCUUGAAACCUCCAGGCUUCUGUUGUUAAGCUCCCCCUCACCCCCCGCACACACACACCAGACCUGUCCGAAAUACAUUGUUUACCUGUGAAUUAAAUGUGUACGUGUGUGUGUGUGAGAACCUAGCGUCAUUACAUUCCAGCCAGGUUACCAUGGAAACUGACAAGACGUGCACCUGCUCCGCAGCCCGAAAACAUGGCGGCAGCAGCAGCUAAUGACUGCAUGGCACACGGUUUUCUCACCUGGUAGCACGUUGGUGUGACUAUAGUGUGUGUGUGUAUGUAUGCGUGCGCUUGUGUGUGUGUGUGUGUGUGUGUGGAAGGGAGAGGGAGACAGAGAGAUGGUACUGUAUUUCAAGAGCUAAAAUGUUCCCUUUCGGAGGAAAAAGUGAGAAAGUAAGACCUUUUGUGAGUGCGUUUUCAUUUCUGAGCCAGCUUGAGCUUUGUGUGUAUGUGUGUGUGUGUGCGCACGCUUCAUGCCCAUCGAUCCAUUCAGCGUGAAGGCAGGUCGAGUGUGUGCGUAAAGGAAGACAGAAAAAGCAACCAAGUUUAGUUCUGCUACAGGAAAACAAAUACAUCAGAUUUGCUUUUUCUCUCCUCUCGUCGUCUCACUUCUACUUUUAGACUCACUUUAGAUCUCACGAUAAUCAGUCAUUUUUAAAGCUUGAAGCAAAACCCAGCUGGAAAUCUGCACUGUUUUAAGUGAUCGGUUAAUGUUGGGAGAAGGACGGCAUUGAUGCUACACUACUAGUGUUUUUCUUUUCGUGAAAUCUGUCCCCGUCUUAUAGAAAUUAACGUCUGAUAUUUUCAAAUAAAACUGCUGAGAAAAGAAAGGCAGGCCGGUCGUCUUCUCUCGAGGCCCGACACAUUCUGUUUAACUUUCCAUCCAUCCAUCCUGGAAAGCAUUAACCUAAUUUACGCAACCAAGCUUAAUUUUCCACCUGGCAAAGACUCUAGGAAACUGUUAUAUUUCACCUUUCUGUCCACAUCCACUCACUUAUUAAACCCCACCACCAACAAUGAUUUUUCAACAUGAAAACGUAUUCAUUUUUGAGUCACUUGAGCCCACAAACGAUUUUGAAUACUAAUUUAAAUCACAGUCAAACAAGCAAACCAGAAAAUAUCUGACUUUGCCUUCAGAAAGACAUAAAUGGUUCAUUAUUUCAGGAUUAGAGAGUUCAAAACUUUCACCACUUUGAUGCAAACUUUCUCACAAAUCUAAAAGCUUCUUUCGCCCCCUCGUUAAGGAUACUGAUGAGUUAUGAACAGUUGAGUCAGCCAGUUGUGUUAAUCUAAACUAGCAAAGGUAAAAGCUCACAUUAAAUUGUGUAAGAAGAAAAAAGCAAGCACUCACACUGUACUGCAUGGACUUUAAAGUCACUGUGGACACAGUGCAGAUAAAGUAUAAACAUUUCAGUUAUUUGACCUUAAUUUUCUUUUAUUUUAGCUUCCAAGGUCAAUAAUGAACUUUCACAAAAAAAAAAAAAAUUUUGAAUCAUCUCAGUCCUGUUUCCUCAGCCAAGUGCCUGGAAAAAAAGGUUUUUAGGCUUUUCACACCUGCAUUUUAAUCCAAAAACCCCCUGUGACUGCCCCUAACCUUCCCCUCUCAGAACGUGUUCAUGUGUGAAGCAAACCAAGUGACGCUGAAGCAGGGACAGCAGCACCUUACCUGUCGAGUGGCGGCAGUUUGGGAGAGAGAGAGAGAGUGUGUGUGUGUGUGUGUAAGAGAGAGAGCGAGUGCGAGGAAGGUUGGGUUCAUCCUGUGUACUUGUUUUCCGUUGCAGUGACUGCAGGACGUGGUCUGUUAACCAGUGGUGUUGCCUAACAUUGUAUUUCAUACUGACCCCCCCCUUUCUUUUUCUUUUUUAAUUUAUGAAUAGUGUCGAUAGAGUUGUGCAUUAUUACGAAGAAUUUUAUGUAUGAUUACAUUGAUUGUUUGACUGUACAUUUAAAACAAAACAUGUAAAAGAUUAAAUUUUGUUUUAAAUUAAAAGGAAAAAGAUUGAAGUUG